AUGUCUCUGCUCGGUCCUAGCUACCAGCAACAGCAGCAGCAGGACUAUUACAACCAGCAGCAGCUGCAACAGGAGCAGGACUGGAGGAGCUCGUCGAGCCAACGCAUCGCGACGCGCGUUAAUUCGCGCCCCCCGCCUCCUCUCACCCUCUCGCGAGGCAACAGCGCCCCCGAUCUGCCCACCCGAACGGCACCGAAUGGCAAAUUCAUCAAUCACCCAGGCCCUCUCCCGCCCAUGGGCAUACCGAUGGGCAGCGGCUCUUCAUCGUACGAGGGCAAAUCGUUCCUAGAAUCUUCGCUCGAUUUCAACUACCUCAAUGCCUCCCUCUCCAACAUGAGCCUCUCGCAAGGCAACAGCCCCACCACCCUCACGCUCGACAUGAACAAUCACAAGCAGCCGCUCCACGACGCCCUGUCGAUGUCCGGCCUGGGGGCUGACGGCCGAACGCCCAUCGAGGACAUCUUCUCUACAUCUCCGACGACCAAGCGCAUGGCGAACGCGCUGGCGCUUGCCGCCCAACAGCAGCAGCACCAUCAACCCCAGCAGCAUUCGGGCAGCUGGGGUCCCGGUCCCUCUGGCAAGAAGAUCGGCAGCCCCCUCGGAGGGGGAGCAGGUAGCCCCGGCUCGGCCGCGGCUGCGGCAGCAGCGGCAGCCGCCGCCGCCGCUGCGAAGAGGUCGACGCUCGACAUCGAGAAGGAGAUUGGCGGCCAGAACCUCUACAAGACCGAGCUCUGCCGAUCGUUCGUCGAGACAGGCGCCUGCCGAUACGGCUCCAAGUGCCAGUUCGCCCACGGUCGGAAGGAGCUGAGGCCCGUCCUUCGGCAUCCCAAGUACAAGACCGAGAUCUGCAAGACCUUCCACACUAUCGGUACCUGCCCCUACGGUACGCGGUGCCGCUUCAUCCACAAGAGGCCCGGGGACUCCGACAUCAUCGACAACAGCGUCAUCCUGCCCGUACCGCCGGGAGGCGGCCAGGGCACCAACGGCCUGAGCUCCUCGGCCUCGGUCGGACUGGGACCCGGCGGCGUCUCCAAUCCCGAGUGGGCCAUCUGGAAGGACAACCUCGAUGGCGGCCUCGGCGGCGGCAGCAGCUCGCUCGCGGACAGCCUCGCGCCGCAGCAGCAGCACCUCCUCACGAUGAACGGGCUCAAUGGGAUGAACGGCGGCAUCAGCCUGAUGAAUGCCUUCCCGGGCAACGGCCUCUCGUCGUCGCACGACCGCAUUCUGCUCGCCCAGCACGCCGUCAACGCGCUGCACGAGAGCAUGCCCCACGGCGAGUUCGGUCAGCAUCAGCGAAGCGCGAUAUCGGCCAUCGACAGGAGGAGGUCGCACGAGGGCAAGAAGAAGGGCGGCAGCCAGGGAAGCGGCAGCGGUGGCAGUGGCAGCAGUGGCGGCAAGAACGACAAGAAGAAGUCCAAGUCUACUCGCUCGCGCACGAAGAGCUCUCCUUCCGGCAGGAAGAAGAAUCAUCGUCGUAGGAGGAGCACUGGUAUGCCGUUGGGCGCGGGCACGAGAACGACUACGACGGAGACGUUGGCGGCGCAUCGGUUGACGCCAGCCUCUCGCUCGAGAUCCCGGCCAUCGUCGACGCCGGCUCCGACACGGACGGUGACGACGACGGGGUUGACAUGCCCCUGCCCGUCGCGGCCGCGUUACCCACGCCAGUCCCGGUCACGUCCCACCGCCACAGGCCGAGGACUCUCAGCGCCAAGGAGAGACUGCCCAUCUUCCAAGUUUUGUGUACAGACGACGAGGAGACGAUCGACGGAGCCGACUCGGCGACGCUCACUCAGAAGGUCAUCUCCUCCUCGAGCUAAAGGAGGAGCAGCAUCACCACCACUACCACCUCCUCCCUCUCCUCUACCACCUCAGCAUCACCACUUCUCCUCUCUCCUCCCACCGAUAACUAAAUCAAAAACGGCUACCACCGACGACAGCGAAGACGGAGCGACGCAGCCUCACAACAAGCGAACCGGCUCAGCUCUUCUCCUCCUCGUCAUCGUCUUCUUCGGCGCCUCUGUACCCUUAACACCACCUCUACCCCCUCCUCUCUCCUCCCAACACAUUACGAGACCGUUUUGCUGUAUUUAUUUUUUUUCGAUUCCUCGGGCCGCCCCCGCCCACCGACGACGACGACGUCUCUCUUCAGCACCAUCUCCUCUCCACACCUUUCCUUCUCACUACUACGACCGUCGGCGGGACGCGAAGGCGCAAGCGAGCUGA